GUAACACUGGAAGGAGUAAUUGGCUGCUGGCUGCAGCACCGCACCGCAAACUGGACCCGCGUUUCAUUACGGAGAUGAAAUAACAAAAGUGUCAGGAUUUUUAUCCUCCUUUUUUUUUUUUCUUUUGUCUUUCGGGAGUUUUCAGUUUGUGAACGUCUGGAUCAAACUCUAAGAGUCAGCCCCUCUCUCUCCACUGGAACCGCUGUAACCUCCUCACACUGGAAAUAUAAGCUGAAGUAAUGGAGAAGUCAAGACGGGGACAACAGUUAGCACUCAGCCUCCUGUUUGGGUUGUUGUUACCGAGCUGUGUAACCCAGACCACGCCGUCAAAUGCAGCCACGAAGACGACGGUGAAACCCACUGCGACCCCCCAGCCUCAGACAGAGCGGCUAAAGGUCCGACUGACAGGAUACCCCCGAAAACACAACGAGGGCCGAGUGGAGCUUUUCUACAAGGGGGAGUGGGGAACCAUCUGCGAUGAUGACUUCUCAAUAACUAACGCCAACGUGCUCUGCCGCCAGCUGGGCUUCGUGUCCGCCACAGGAUGGACACACAGCGCCAAGUACGGCAAGGGCCAAGGGAAAAUCUGGCUGGACAACGUGCAGUGUAACGGGGGGGAGAGGAGCAUCGACCACUGCAAGUCUCGAGGCUGGGGCAACAGCGACUGCACUCACGACGAGGACGCUGGAGUCGUGUGCAAGGACGAGAGGAUUCCCGGCUUUUUGGACUCAAAUGUUAUCGAUAGCCAGGUGGACGAGAACCGAGUGGAGGAGGUUCGGCUCCGACCCGUCGUCACCACAGCCAAAAAGAAGCUGCCGACCACAGAGGGUGUCGUGGAGGUGAAAUAUAAAGACGGCUGGGCCCAGAUCUGUGACCUGGGCUGGACGAUCAAAAACACCCACGUGGUCUGCGGCAUGCUGGGAUUCCCACACGAGAGGAAAGUCAACAAGAACUUCUACAAGUUGUAUUUGGAGCGUCAGAAGAAUUACUUCCACCUCCACUCGGUGGCGUGCACAGGCACCGAGGUCCACCUGGCAGCCUGCCCCCUGGAGUUCAACAAGCCAAACGCGACGUUUGCCUGCCACGGUGGCAUGGCGGCUGUCGUCAGCUGCAUGCCGGGGCCGCUGUUCACGCAAAACAACAGCUUGAAAAAGAAACUUAAAAUAUCGAGCAACGUGAGGCUGAAGGGCGGAGCCAGGCUGGGCGAGGGCCGCGUGGAGGUGUUGAAAGACAACGAGUGGGGAACCGUGUGCGACGAUCGAUGGAACCUUCAGUCGGCCAGCGUCGUCUGCAGGGAGCUCGGCUUUGGAAGCGCCAAGGAGGCUCUGACCGGAGCCCGCAUGGGACAAGGGAUUGGUCCGAUCUACAUGAACGAGGUGAAGUGCCUCGGUCAGGAGAAGUCCAUCUGGAACUGCCCCUUUAAAAACAUCACAUCCGACGACUGUAAACACAUGGAGGACGCCGGCGUCCGCUGCAACAUCCCCUACAUGGGCCUGGAGAACUCGAUCCGACUCACGGGGGGACGGACCCGUUACGAGGGCCGUGUGGAGGUGCUGAGCUCGGACUCGAACGGGACGCAGAGUUGGGGUCUGAUCUGCGGAGAGAGCUGGAACACCAAGGAGGCCAUGGUGGCGUGCAGGCAGCUGGGCCUGGGCUACGCUAACCAAGGCCUGCAAGUCCGGAUAGUGGGCGGCCGCAGCAGUUAUGAGGGCCGAGUGGAGGUUCAGGUUGGGUCCAAGUGGGGCACAGUGUGCAGCACAGGUUGGACCACGAGGGAAGCCAUGGUGGUUUGCAGGCAGCUAGGGCUCGGCUACUCCAUGCAUGCCAUCACUGAAACCUGGUACUGGGACAGCAGUAACGUGACGGACAUGCUGAUGAGCGGCGUGAAGUGCACAGGAAACGAGAUGGCACUGAGUCAGUGUCAACACCACAAAACAGUCAGCUGCCAGAAAGCAGGAGCUAAGUUUUCAGCUGGAGUCAUCUGUUCUGAGACGGCCUCUGACCUGGUCCUGAACGCCCCCAUGGUCCAGGAGUCGGUCUACAUCGAGGAUCGGCCCCUGCACAUGCUCUACUGCGCCGCCGAGGAGGACUGCCUGUCGAAGUCAGCAGCCAAGGCAGACUGGCCGUACGGACACCGACGGCUGCUCCGCUUCUCCUCCCAGAUCCACAACAUCGGCCGGGCCGACUUCAAGCCAAAGGCCGGGCGGCACUCAUGGGUCUGGCACGCCUGCCACGGCCACUAUCACAGCAUGAACAUUUUCACCCACUAUGAUCUGAUGAACUCAAACGGAACCAAAGUGGCCGAGGGACACAAAGCCAGUUUCUGUCUGGAGGACACCGACUGUCAGGAGAGUGUUUCCAAGAGAUACGAGUGCGCUAACUUUGGCGACCAGGGCAUCACUGUGGGAUGCUGGGAUCUGUACCGUCACGACAUCGACUGCCAGUGGAUCGACAUCAGUGACGUCAAACCUGGAAACUACAUUCUGCAGGUUGUGAUCAACCCCAAUCAGGAAGUGGCCGAGAGCGACUUCACCAACAACGCCAUGAAAUGCAACUGCAAAUACGACGGCCAUCGAAUCUGGCUCCAUAACUGCCACAUUGGUGACGCGUUCAGCGAAGAGGCAGAGAGGAGGUUCGACAAAUACCCGGGACAGCUGAACAACCAGAUCUCUUAAAAACAAUCACCGUAUGAGAAACAAAGAGGUUUAAUAAACAAAAUCACACCACAAAAAUAAAAGACACAAAUUCUUCAUGUGCCAAAACAGACCCUCCCCCUCUCCCCCCCUGUAUAUGUCAGAUUAUUUGUUGUACACAGUAUUUGCAGUAUUUUCCUCUGGUGAACGUGUUAUUAUACUUGAAUAUUCAAGUGCUAAUGUUUUUGUGGAUUUUCUUCUUUCAGUCUAAUGUGAGCAACAGAGAUAAAGAUUUUAAAAGGUC